GGCGUGGCGCGCGCUGGGAUUGGUCGGCGCCAGCUCGGCCACUUGCGCGCGCAACGUGGUGGUGGUUCCCGUCCCUCCGCCCCCACCGCACCGUCCCCUUCCCUCCCGCGCCGGGCCCCAGUCGCCUUCGCCCCUGCCUGUCCCCGUCGAUCUCCUCUUGUCCCCACCUUUCCCUUCCUCUCUGGCUCUCUCGCCUGUCCUCCCUCCUCUUCUCUUCUUCUCUGCUGUGAUCCUUUCCCGGAGGCUGGUCUGGUCGGAUGGGGCGUGGCGUCGGCUCCGCGCGAUCUCCCUCGGCGGCGAUGAGCUCCGGCUGCUGCUGCUGCUUGUGAGCUCCUAGGUUGGGUGGGACUCGAGCAGUUUAGAAGUUCUCAAGCUAUGUGAUUAAAGUGGCCUUUCAAAAGCAUCCUCAUGUAGAGUUAGAAAUGUGAACUCGGUCGCAAGCUUCUACUGAAGUCUGAAGGGAGACUCUGCACUCGAAAGUCCACGUGCCCUGCUCGCUGAAAAUUUUCAGUUCGUGACGACUGUUUUUUAUUUGUGUUGUAUGAACUAUAAUAUAUUUGAAGUUAUCUUCAUGGUAGUUCAGCGGAGAUGUCGGCUGGUAAUCUUGUAUGAGGGCUGAUUCCAUAGGAAAUCUAUCUGGAGCAAAUCUUUCUGGGAUCAAGUCUGUAUUUCCUUUCAGUCAGCGUUUAUUUUGAAUCCAUCGUGAAUCACGGCCUUUUCCAUCUUGUUUCAGAUCUUGCUGAAUGAUUUUUGCCAUUUCUGAGCCAGCCUAGUAAACCUUGGCAUGGCCACUGGAGAGACAAGCACGGGGAACAUCCAGAGGGGGAAUACCCUUCCAAAUGGUGACAUCUAUGUUGGCAACUUCGCUGGUUUAGUUCCUCAUGGAUUUGGAAAGUAUAUGUGGACAGAUGGAACUCUUUAUUAUGGCAAGUGGGAUACAAGCAAGAUGACCGGUAGGGGAGUAAUUCAAUGGCCUUCUGGCGCUUCAUAUGAUGGAGAUAUCUGUGGAGGUUUCAUUGAUGGAACAGGCACUUUCAAAGGAGUUGAUGGCUCUCUUUAUAAAGGUUCGUGGAGGAUGAACAAAAAGCAUGGAAUGGGCACAAUGGUUUACGCCAACUCUGAUACUUAUGAAGGUUUCUGGAAUGAGGGUUUGCCAGAGGGAUUUGGUAAAUAUACAUGGGCUAAUGGUAACACCUACAUUGGAAGCUGGAAAUCCGGCAAAAUGAAUGGCAGAGGAGUGAUGAAAUGGACAAAUGGUGAUACUCUUGACUGUAAUUGGCUUAACGGACUGGCUCAUGGGAAAGGUUUUUGCAAAUAUGCGUCAGGAGCAUGUUACGUCGGUACAUGGGACAGGGGACUCAAGGAUGGCCAUGGUAUGUUUUAUCAACCAGGAAGUAAAAUGCCUUGUAACCUUGAAGUGUCUGAGUGUGUAACAGACCAUGAUGUUUCUAGUGCUUCAAGUUCUGGUAAUGAAAAUGCCAAUAGUGGACUCUUGUUUCUGUUGCAAAAACUUUGCAACACGUGGAGAAUACACAGCCUUUUCCAUCGACCCAGGCGUAUUUCGAAUGGCACUGCACCAGUUUUUGAUAAUUCUGGAAAUCACUUGUCAGAAGAUUCAUCUACUGAACCCUUGACAACUAGUGAGUGUCUCCAAGAUAGUGGAGUUGAUAAAGUAUUAGUCUAUGAACGGGAAUAUGUACAAGGAGUACUUAUCUCGGAAAAGCCAAAAGGUCAUGAUUCCGGAAUGCCGGAUUGUGGUAAAACACAGGAGCAUACCUGGCAAAAACAAGCUGGUGGACCCAUGGAGACUAUUUACAAAGGCCACAGGAGCUAUUACCUAAUGCUUAAUCUGCAACUCGGCAUCAGGUAUACUGUAGGCAAAAUCACCCCUGUGCCAGUGCGUGAAGUCCGUUCAAAUGAUUUUGGACCUCGAGCACGGAUAAGAAUGUACUUCCCUUGUGAGGGCUCGCAGUAUACCCCACCACAUUGCUCUGUCAACUUCUUUUGGAAGGAUUAUUGUCCUAUGGUUUUCCGGAAUCUACGAGAAAUGUUUCAUAUUGAUGCUGCAGAUUACAUGAUGUCCAUUUGCGGUGAUGACAGUCUAAAAGAGCUUUCUUCACCCGGGAAAAGUGGCAGUAUUUUCUAUCUUUCACAGGAUGAACGCUUUGUCAUUAAAACGUUGAGAAAAACUGAGUUGAAGAUACUGUUGAAGAUGCUUCCAAAAUAUUACAAUCAUGUCAGAGCUUAUGAUAAUACGCUCAUUACAAAAUUUUUUGGCGUGCACAGGAUUACUCUGAAAGGAGGAAGAAAGGUCCGCUUUGUUGUGAUGGGAAAUAUGUUUUGCACUGAGCUUCGAAUCCACCGCAAGUACGACUUGAAGGGUUCUACACAAGGCCGAUCAACAAAAAAGCAAAAUAUAAAUGAGAACACAACACUAAAGGAUCUUGACCUGUCAUAUGUUUUCCAUGUAGAUAAACCAUGGCGGGAUGCGCUUUUCAGGCAAAUAUCACUUGAUUGUAUGUUCCUGGAAUCCCAGUCUAUUAUUGAUUAUAGCAUGCUCUUGGGAAUCCAUUUUAGAGCUCCCUAUCACCUGAAGACAUCCUCAUCACACCAGAACAGCCUCGAAACUGGAAUUUCAGAUACUGAUCUGUUGCAAUAUGGGGAGAAAAGUUCUUGGAAGGGAUUUCUGCUCGUUGCCCAUGAGCCAGGUACUACAGUAGGUGGUUCACACAUAAGAGGAAGCAUGGUUAGGGCAUCGGAAGCAGGUUAUGAAGAAGUCGAUCUUGUUUUGCCUGGGACCGGAAGGUUCCGUGUGCAGUUAGGUGUGAAUAUGCCAGCUCGAGCUCUGAAAGUGCGCGAGGACAUGAAUACGGAACUAGAAAACCCAGACAGCAUUGAGGAAUACGAUGUUGUUCUCUACCUUGGUAUUAUAGACAUACUACAGGAGUACAAUGUUUCGAAAAGGGUCGAGCAUGCGGUCAAAUCACUCAAGUUCGACCCCCUUUCAAUAUCAGCUGUUGAUCCGAGUUCAUAUUCGAAACGAUUUGUAAAAUUCCUGGAGAGUGUUUUCCCUGAACAAGACUGAGUAGGCAAAUAAAUAGUAAAUAGCAUUACUGUUACGCCCAUUUUUUCUUGUAAAAAGUCAAUAUGUCCUCAAUUAUUCAAAAUGGUUCCUGCGCAGCUCCAA